AUGCAUUUACAGGACAUUCGUAAAUUUUUCGGUGGGAAACCAGCUGGCAGUGGUAAGAGUGCUUUGACCGAAGUUCGCAAUUCAAAGGGAAGUCCAGUGCAGAUGAAAUCACCGAACAAAAAGCAUCCGGCCGCUGUUUCGCAGAAAAGAUCACGCCAUCUGCAGCUCUCAUCUGAUAGUGAUAGCGAGAAUCCGUUACCAGCCGAAACGAGGAAACACCUUCAGAAGUCUAAGAAACCACGUGUCAUACAGCUUUCCUCAUCAGAUGAUGAUUUACCGCCAUCAGCAUCUCAGCGAAGACCACAGAGAAGAGGCACGAAAAUCUCACCGAGUCCAAAGGAAACUGACGUAGCUGAAGGCUCGAAAACAUCAUCAAAGCAGAACGAUAGAGAUGAUGAAGUGGAGAUCAGUGAUUCGGACGAAGACUCCAGUUUUAUGCCCGCUCCGCCGCUGAAGAAAGGAAAACGUUCUGCAGCCGUGUUGCCUCCUGGCCAAUCAAAAUUGGAGUUUUCGAAGAAUAUUGCGAAUAAAGCGAAGGCAACUUCCAAAGGUCGAUUAUUCUGA